ACAUGAAGAUUGAAGAAACAUUCAGAGUGAAACAUGAAGACACUGAGGAACAAACAGACCUGAUGGAAGAAAGUGAGGAGAGUGAAGAACUAAAGACAUUUCUAAAGAAAAGAGCCAAGAAAUCUUUCACCUGCACUCAGUGUGGAAAGAGUUUCUCAACCAAACAACAUCUUGAGAUUCACAUGAGAGUUCAUACAGGAGAGAAGCCGCUCACAUGUGAUCGAUGUGGGAAGAGUUUCACACGAUCAUCAAGCCUUAAAGCACACAUGAGGAUCCACACUGGAGAGAAACCGUUCACAUGUGAUCAGUGUGGGAAGAGUUACACACAAAAAGGACAUCUUAAAGAACACAUGAGGAUCCACACUGGAGAGAAACCGCACACAUGUGAUCAAUGUGGGAAGAGUUUCACGCGACCAUCACACCUUAAAGAGCACAUGAGGAUCCACACCGGAGUGAGACCGUUCACAUGUGAUCAAUGUGACAAAACAUUUCUUGGGGAAUCAACCUUAAAGAAACACCUGACAGUUCAUACAAAGGAGAAGCCACAUUCAUGUUCUGUGUGUGAAAAGAGUUUUUCACUGCUGCAAUAUUUACAUGCACAUGAGAAAAGACACACUGGUGUGAGAGAGUACAUGUGCUUUGAGUGUGAGAAGACUUUUAUUUCAGCAAACCAUUUAAAACUGCACCAGAUAAUUCACACUGGAGAAAAACCUUACAAGUGUUCACAGUGUGACAAGAGAUUCAGUGAUUCAUCAUCUCUGAAAACACAUGAGAGGAGCCACACUGGAGAAAAACCUUACAAGUGUUCACAGUGUGACAAGAGAUUCAGUGAUUCAUCAUAUCUGAAAACACACGAGCGGAUCCACAGCAGAGAGAAGCCGCACACGUGUGAUCAAUGUGGAAAGAGUUUCACUAUUAAAAGUCACCUGAAGAUACACGUGAGGAUCCACACUGGAGAAAAACCUUACAAGUGUUCACACUGUGACAAGAGAUUCAAUCAGUCAUCAACUCUGAAAAGACAUGAGAGGAUCCACAGCAGAGAGAAGCCGCACACGUUUGAUCAGUGUGGAAAGAGUUUCUCUAUUAAAAGUCACCUGAAGAUACACAUGAAGAUCCAUGCAGUGGAGAAACCACAUCACCAAGGCCUGAAAUCAUAAGUAGUUCAUCUUUGUGCUGAGAAAAAAUGUCUCUUCUAAGACACAUACCAAAUCUCUCCUCCACCUAUAGAUGGCACUGUUGCACUGCCUGCUGUUGAAUUAUCCAGGUUUUGAAUGAGGAGAGACCCCCGAUGUGAUUGUGAAGCACGUAGGGUGUACAGUAGUACAUAAUAAAGUGCUAUAUAAAUGUCUCAUUCAUUCAUUUAUUCAUAGUUAGCCGUUUCUCAAUAUGCUUUCUUGUCUGUGUUCUUGUGAAACGUCAUCAGUCGCUGUCCAAGUUCUGUUCCAAUUUAAAAUUCACAUCUAGCCAAGUUCAGUUCAAAUCCCCGGAUGUGUUCUUGAAUCUUGAUACACCCUUUUUUAUCACAAAUGCAUGGAGAGGUGACUUGUGCGGAUUUGAGACAGCCAGGUAUCCCAGAAUGCAUUGCACACUAACCAGCAAGUGUUGGUAGCAGAGGAGAAAACCCACAUAAUUCAAACAUACUACUGUUAUUAAGUCAUGAUAUGUAGUUUUAAGAGUUUUCAGGCAAGAGAGUACUGGUUUUAAGCUCAACUUUGUGGUUUAUUGAUAAAAGUAGAGCCUAUUUGGAGUUGUGAGAUCCAGAUGAUCACCUGGUGCUCAGGGGUCAUGUAACCCGCCGAGAGCAGCCUUACCUCGGCUAGUCCUUCUGACGUUUGCUGCUGACUCUGAUGUCUCUUUAGUGGUUGAACAUAAUAUAAUUCAUCUUUUGUAUAUCUAACGGGUGAUCUUUGGUCUCAUAAAUCUAUAAUUUGUUGAACUAAAAGUGAAAUCUCAUAACUUUAUAUAGUUAGGAGUUAUAGUUUACUGUUGUAGCCUACUACAGCGCUGACUUUGUAUAUUUGACUGAAUCGUUUGCUUUAUUUUUUAUUGUAGCUUCUUAUACUUCUUUUGCUUAUACUUUUAUAAUGGGUAUUUGGUAAUUAUUGACCAUUAAAACUGA